AUGAUGCUCGAUUUCGAGGUGACCGAGCUGCGCGUCGUCGUCGUCGGCGCCGGGGGCGUCGGCAAGUCGAGCCUUACGAUCCGGUUCCUCACCUCGAGCUUUGUCGACGAAGGGUACAACCCCACCAUUGAGGACAGCUAUCGGCGCCAGCUCGUCGUCGACUCGGAGGCGGUCCAGCUCGAGAUCCUCGACACGGCGGGGCAGGAGGAAUACGCGACCAUGGCCGACCAGUGGUACCAGUUCGGGCGCGGCUUCCUGCUCGUGUACAGCGUGACGGACCGCGCGUCGUUCGAGGCGCUGAGCGGCGUGUACGGCGCCAUAACGGCCGCCAAGCUCGCGCACCACGUCCCCGCUGUCGUCGUCUCCAACAAGUGUGAUCUCGAGCAACUGCGCACCGUGUCCAGCGCCGAGGGGCAGGCGCUCGCGCGCUCCCUCGGCGCGCCGUUCGUCGAGACUAGCGCUCUCGAUGACGUCAAUGUCGACUUGGCCUUUGACGAGCUCGUCCGCCGUGUACGCCGUGCCGAGCGCGGAGCGGUGCGUCGUCGAAAGGAGGCCGACGACACACGAGCCGACCCACCGCAGCCCAAACCCAAGUACGAGCUCAAGACGCGCCGCAGGUCACAAGACGACGUCCAAGACGGGCGAUGCUGCGUGAUCAUGUAG